ACGCCCAAAUUAAUGUCUAACUUCGCCGUGCCAACAGUAGAGUUUCUAUUUGACAUUCAAAGUCCUUGGGCGUAUAUCGCGUCAACUCGUAUAUCGGUAAUAGUUAGAAGAACGCGUGCAAAAGUAUUAUGGACACCGGUUUCACUGGGAGGAGUAUAUGAGGCAGUAAAGGCACCUCAGAGUAAAGCAGGAAAUUCUACAUACGUAAUGGGGCCUCAAAGAGCCACAUACCAUCAGCUUGAUUUUAAACGAACUUUACGUCGAAAUAAUUUGAAAAUAAAUUAUCAACCAAAUCAUCCUGUCAAAAGUUUAGAUGCCCUUCGACUUUUACACGCGACGCCAGAUACACAUCGCGAACAGCUAGCACACGCACUUUACCAUUCUUACUGGAUACAAAAUAAUGAUAUAAGUGAUCGUAGACUCCUUCUUGCGACCGCGAAAGAAUUAAACAUUCCGUCUGAAUAUCCGCUUGACAACUCGAUAUUCACAAACACGACAAUUCAAGAGCGACUUCGAAAAGCAACUCAAAGAGCCGUAAAUCUUGGUGCUCCAGAUGUCCCCUCGUUUGUAAUAAACAAUUAUCAGAAUAGUGGAACGGAACGAUUAUUCUGGGGUCAAGAUCGAUUGCAUUUUGUGGAAUUAGCGUUGGAGCAAGCUUCGCGUGGUGUAAGUUCUUUUAAAGAGAUUGAUAAUAUCGACAAAUAUUAUCCGAGGUGUGUUAAGCGUGGUACGAAGAGCGAUAAAGAAAGAACUUUGAGAUUUUGGUUUGAUUUCGCAUCACCAUGGUCUUUUUUGGCGUAUACGCAAUUAGAGAGAAUUAGACGCGAGGCUGGUGAUAAAGUGAAAAUUGAGUAUAUGCCAUUUCUAUUAGGGGCAGUGUUUCGAAAACUUGGAAUGGCAGAUAUUCCAUUAUUUACGAUGCCAAAGGCAAACCAACAAUAUUGGACAUUUGAUCUACUUGAUUGGACGGAUUUCUGGAAUGCUCUUGCUUUGCAAUCGGAUCCGAAUUACAAACCAUUCUCAUUCAAGUGGACUCAAGUAUUUCCGAUUCGUAGUAUCACCGCAUUACGCGUUUUUCUACUGGAACCGAAAACGAUUGAUUGUCUCUUUAAAGCUUCAUGGCAAGAUGAUAUUCCAUUAGGAACAUCCGAGGAAAUUCUCGCCAACGUAUUGAAUAAAGGUGGAUUUGAUGGACCCGCGUUGAUUCAGGCCACAAAAAACAAUGUUAACAACGUUAAAGAUCGGUUACUCAAGAAUACAGAAUUGGCUGUUGAAAAAGGAUUAUUUGGCGCGCCGAUUUUCCAAGUCGAUGAUGGACAACUUGUGUGGGGUCAAGAUAGAAUUAAUGUAGUAGAAGAUUUACUUGCUGGAUGGGAAGAUGUUGAUCAAAGUGACAAUGAAGUUUCUGCGAAAUUAUAA